AUGUCGCUUCUGCUGGGGGGUUGGGUUUACCUGGCGACAGGGCUCGUUCUGCUGCUCUUCUCCGGCUCGCUCUACUGGCACUACAUUCGCCGCAAAGCCUCGAAUCCGGUCGCCUUCCUCGUCUUCUCGCUCACCCUCAGCACCGUCCUGCUUCUCUGUCUCCUCGUCCCCCUCGACAUCCUCAUCGUCAGCCAGCCGGUCGCCCUGACCUUGCCUCCGUCGCUGGCCGCCCCGCCAACGAGGGCUCGCUUUGAAGCACCUUCGCGCGAAGCGAGCGGCUUCCGCGUAAAGGCCGUCGAGGUAUACGCCGACGCGCCUCCGGAGGCCGCAGAGAGCCUCGGCGCGCCUUUGCGGCGGCUAGCGGGAGAGAACAGCCGCCGCGCCGCCACCGGGUUGCCUGUCUUGUCGCAGGCAGCUUCUGCGUCUCUCCCCUCCGUGCCGGCGGGAGGGGGCGACGACGCGCCCUCCUCUGUCUUGGCGCGCACCGUCGCGCUGCUUCAGGGAGGCGCCGCGAGAGACGCCGCGGCCUUCGGCCUCGCCACCGGCUCUGACCUGAUGCAGAAGUUGCAAAACAGCACUGAACUGCCUACGCUCAGCCUCGACGCGCUCACGCUCAAGCAGCUUUACCUCGCGCUCUUCUCCGUCCUCCUCUUCUUCACCUACCUCGCCUUGCCCUUCGCCUUCUUCUACAGCCGACACCUCCAGCGCGUCCAGAAGGGCAGAUACGGCGCGCGAGGGCAAGGCGUCGGCGAGCCCGUGCCGCCCUUCGCGAUCGCGUGUGCAGCGGCGCAGCAGACGCUGCUUUUCGCGGCGCUGCUUUUCCUUCUUUUGUUCCUGGCGCUCACGCAGCGUCCCGCCUUCCAGGCGUCGGCCGCCUCAGGGGCGUUUCCGGCCCUCGCCACUGCGAAGCGAGGUCUCGAGGCGGCCUCCGCGAGCGUCGACUACGUCUUGCGCUACACCGCGCUUCUCUUCGACUUAAACCACAGCGGCGCGGACUCUCUUCUCUUUGUCUUCUCCGCUCUACUUGCCUUCGGCCAGUUGGGAUGGGUCGUCGCGGGCGCGUACGGCCUCGCCGCGCUGCCCGUCCUGUGGCUCCGCGGCCGCAUGACACCGCAGCAGCAGCACCGCGAAGUCCAGCGCGAAAUCGCCGAGCUCCGCGAACAGCAGCGUCGGGUGCAAAGCAAGUACGUAGACGCGAGCGGCGGCGCUAAUCUGAAGGCGAUGAGCGACGUGGACCGAGCGAAGCUUCAGGAGCUUCAGGCGCAGCAGCAGCAGUUCACGCAAAGAAAGUACCGGCUGCAGGAAGAAGAGCAGCAGCAGGAGCAGUCCGGGUGUUUUUUAGUUUUGUAUCGAGCGGUGUUGCUUCCCUUCCGGUGGACUUUCGCGCUGGUGUUUUUCCUCUUCUCUCUGUUCGCCAUCGUCGCGCUGUUCCUCGCUCUCUUGCAGCGCCUCCAGUACUCGCGGUGUACGUACAGCUGCGGGUUCGUCCUCGACGACGACGCCACCGCGCAAGAAAACAGUGUCCUCUACAACCCGCUUGACGAGCUCCUUGUGCGACUUUCGCAGUAUUUUCCCGCCGAUCUCCUCCUCGUCGAGCUGUACAUGGGGCUUCUCUUUCUCUGUCUGCUCUACGGCCUCUUCUCCCUCCGCGUGCGCAUCUGCAAGAAAACCUUUUGCAAGCCGGUUCGCGCAGGCCGCACGCCGCCCGAGAGUUUGCUCGCCCUCUGUUUCUUACUCGUUCACUUUCUUCUUGCCGCCUCUCAGGCGCUUCUGUCGAUGUCUCCGCGAUACGCCUCCUUCGGAGCGCAGACUUUCGUGCCGCCGAACGGCAGUGACCCGAUUCCGUGUUCCCUCCAAGCUGCGACGACGGGCGGCGAAGAAGCUGCGUGCCGAAUGUCGUUCUUUGCUGCGGUCUUCUCUAGAGCUGCAAUCGCGUAUCCGUCCUUUGCGAAUUUCUUAUUCUUCUCUAGCUGGAUCUUCCUAGGCGUCUACGCUCUCUGUGUCUCUCACUGUCUGCUGACGCGCCGCAAGCAGCCGUAUCUCUCGGAUCGGUGGCUGGAGGAAGACGAGACUGCAGAAGAGUCGCUGGACACGAAGGAGAGCCUGGGGCUGUUGAUGACUAACGGGGCCAGCAGCACCUGUCGCGCGGAUAGCCUGCGCGGGGAAGAAGAGGGGAUGAAGCUCCUCGCGCAGAGCGACGACGAAGUCUGA